CGAGUGCACUCGAGACGAUCCCGUUCGUUCUCAUCGCCUGUCAAUUCGAAUCAGUAACACUAGUGAUAUUGUGAUUUGUUUCCUCGAGUAACUCGCAGCCCUGGAUUCCCCGCAGGCAAGAAUGGACGGGCCGGCGGUAUUGUCUCUGCCUCCGAUGUCCAACCAAAAACCAGUUGCGUCGCCACAGCCCCAGUCGCAUUCCAAACCGAAUCAGGAGUUGCAGGUGGGAACAGUGUCGUUGUACGGGAUCCACAUCGUGUCUCUGGUGAUCGAGGGCCAGGAACGAUUAUGUCUGGCUCAGAUCAGCAAUACACUGCUCAAGCAGUUCAGCUACAACGAGAUUCACAACCGUCGUGUAGCCCUGGGCAUCACCUGCGUCCAAUGCACACCGGUGCAGCUUGAAAUCCUCCGUAGAGCCGGCGCCAUGCCGGUUUCCUCAAGAAGAUGCGGGAUGAUCACGCGACGGGAAGCCGAACGACUCUGCAAAUCUUUCCUGGGCGAUAACGCGCCCCCUAGACUUCCCGAGGACUUUGCGUUUUCGGUACAUCACGAAUGUGCCUGGGGUUGUCGAGGCGCAUUUUUACCAGCACGGUACAACAGUUCCCGAGCAAAGUGCAUCAAGUGUGCCUACUGCGGUCUCUUCUUCUCCCCGAACAAGUUCAUAUUCCAUUCGCACCGUAUCGGCCCGACGGACAAGUACGUCCAACCAGACGCGGCGAACUUCAACUCGUGGCGGAGACACAUGAAGCUAUCAGGCAGCCCCCCUGACGACGUGGUCCACGCCUGGGAAGACGUCAAGGCGAUGUUCAACGGAGGAACCAGAAAGAGACUGCUGUCGAAUCCCACGGGACCUCGGUGCACACCAACGGCCGUUAAACGUGCCAGAUCCUCGCCACCGACGCAAUUGCCCUCCCCGAUACCCUCGCCGACGCAUCCGCGAGUUCCGCCGUUCCCGGAACUGCCGCUUCCAUUGUCGCGGAAUUUCGUCAUGGACUACGUGUGGCAUCAGCAUCAACAGGCCGCGGCAGCAGCGGCGGUAAAAACCCCCGGCUUCUCGUUUUCGCAGUACGCUUUACCCUGGCUGGCAAAAAGACCCGUUCUUUUCCCAGGUCCACUGCCCCCGCCGAUAGCCGGAGCAACGACGGCCGAACCCAUGGCACCGCCAGUCACGUCGUCCUUGCAUCAGUCCGCUUUUCACCCGGUACUUCGGGCGGGUCCUCCGCUCGGUGAAUCGGGUCAGAUAGUCCAGGAGUCUACCCCUGAACCCAGCGUUGAAAAGGACGACGAUUCCGACGACGAGGUCGACAUCGAGACGACGGAGGACGAGGUCAAGGCACCCUUGAAUCACCCUCAGAGUCUCAACUCCGCGUCAAACUCCGCCCUGAGUACCCACAGUGGGCACAGCACAUCGCCCCAGUGUUGGAGUCCUCCGAGAGAAACGGAGCGAGAGGCGGAAAAAAUAGCCGAGGAAGCCGCGGCCCUAAGAGAAGUGAAACCCGAAGUCCCUAGAGUGGCUACGACGACCGGAAGUCCAGAGAGCUGGCAUGGAGGAGCACUUUACAGGCAUCUACAUUUACUCCGAGGUAGCGAUGUGUCCGACUGCUCUGCUUGCAGGCCUCGAGGCGUCUUCUACGGACAAGUUCACAGCCCUUCAGCUCCCACAAAUUAAUUAUUCUCAUAAUUAUUCUCCGCCGCUCUGUAGUGCGUUCUGUAAAUUACGUAUACAUAUAUAAAUAAUAUAUAUACAUAUAAAAAUUACUCGAUGCAGGUUCGUAAGUAAUAAAAGUAAAUCAUGCCUGACUAAUUACGAUAUAUGUAUAGGUCGUACACACAUAUACAUAUAUAUAACGAAUACGAAAAGAGCAAUGCCUAGAUAUCAAAUCACACACCUAUGUGCAGGAUUAUAAUUCGCUCCUUCGUCCUUUCUGUAGAUAUAAACUCUACUUAACUACGGUCUCCGUUAAGCUGGAUAUUGUGACAUAAUAAGUGAUAAUAUAAAUUGUAGAAUUAAUCGCUAACUAAACGCUUUUUAAUUGCAUAAGAACAAAAAGACCCCCAACCAAUCAUUGCACAAAACUUUUUGUACGUGCGUAAAUUUGUUAAUACAUCGCACUGAGAGAAAUUUUUAGUGCCGGUUACCGCUCAGUCCUUGACUAGUUUAAUUUUUUACCACAAUCGAAAAAUAUAGUUCCAGGUAGAAAAUGAAAAUUAGUUUUCUAGCCGUUACCAGAAAGUCUAGUAUCCGUUACUAUUCUUUCUCAUUACGAUCGCUGUGGUUUUUCGACGUCAGGGGUGGAAUGUCAUAAAGGGGGUGGUUCUGGGAAAGUAAGACCGACGUCUACUGGCAACGUCUAAUUAGCGAAUAAUUCACGCGUCCAUAUAUUAGCGAAUUUACGUACGUACCAUAAGUUUUGCGUAAUGACUGGCUGAGGGUGAGGAUGGUUUUAGGAGGACGAAACUAACGUCAAUCGACAGCGAUUAAUUAGCGAGUAAAUCUCGCGUUGAAACUUUUCGAAUUCAGCUUCGUUUGGACGAUUUUUAAUAUGUGGCGAUGCUAGUCUAACCGUAAGGUGGGUCUGCUGGAGUGAAAAAUGUUGUUUUUCCGCAAUUAAAAAGCGGUUAAUUACCGACUGAUUCUGCACUUUGCAUUCGCUUAUUAUGCUACAUUGCCAUAGCCGGCUUAACGAAGGUUUAACUAUGUAUAUUAUUGAAAAUACCGACUAGGUACUGCAUUCAGCAACUCCGCACAGGAUUAUACACGGUCAGAUAAUAACAGGACCAAUAAUAUUUCCGCGUUUACGUGGAGGUUUGAUCUUUUCCAGUUUUUUAAAGAUACAACCUCUGAGGAACUGUGACAUCUCUAUAAGGGAAUAUUUGUGGUAAAGUCAUUUUAUUGUAACGAUUCAGUAGCGUUCAGAAGUGAAACAUCGAUAUAAUGUAACGCUCGCGAAAAAUAACCGUUAUAUUUGAUCCCUAACAAUUGGGGUUUGAGCGGAAAACGUGUUAAUCCCACCGUAUGACUAAGUGUACACACAUAUGGAUUUAUGCUGAGAAAAGAAGCGAAGAAACGAAAUGGAAUUAAAAAUUCGCAAUUAAAAUAGCACUAGUUUCUAUAAUGACACGCGAAUUUGAUUAUAGUUAUAAUACUAUUACGGAAAGUUAUACGAAUUGGUUUCUGGCAUCUGAUGGUAGUUUUAGGCUGUGUUAGAUUACUCACUGUCAUUGCACCCGAAAUGUAACAAGCUAUAGUUAUAUUUCCAGCUUAAAAAUAGAUUAAAAAUAAUAAUUGCCGGUGUUUCAUCCGCAAAACCACCCUUUGGCAAUUUCAUUCGGUAUGAUAAUAAGUACCCAACUGAACUUGUUAAGCAAUUGUCCUUGAAGAUGAAUAAGCAAAAAAUAAAAACGUUUCCCGUGUUAACCUUUACCUUGUUCAUUACACGUAUAGGUAUACUUUUUAAACACCGAUCACAGCUGUACCGAGUUGUCGUACAUAUUCGAAUUAUAAUAAGCAUUUAAAAAAAGUAUUUGUAAUUAUCAGUACUGAAAUCCUUUAUCAAUGAAUAAAUAUUGCAAAUCGCAAGGCUAUAUAUAAUAUGUAUCAAGAUAACGAUAUGGUUUACUGUACAUAGGUAUAGUCAGUCAAGCCACGCUGUCCGCAUAAAUAUUGUAUAAAUAUUACAUAAUAUGUUAGCUAAAGUUACUAUACAGUUAGAGAGUGAUACUAAUGUUAAAAAUAACUACAUUAACAACGUACUACGGCGUCGGCCACGAGGUAUACACACUUACACACAUUACAGCCAAUAAUAUUCGAAGAUUAUG